AAGCUCAUAGUUAGGGUUAGCUACGGUAUCCAAGGCCAACGUCCACAGGCCGGACCCUGUGGAGUCUGCAGCUGCUCCGUCUUGACUCAUGCAUUGGCUCCUCUCGCCCGCAGAAAUUCCUGCGCCUUGAGGGCCCAUCUAACAAGUCACCUCCCCGCCCCUCUUUUCAGCCCAUUGACCCCUCCAUUAAGCCCUGGAUGCUGGAUUUGUUGCGGCGACUGGCUAGCCUGAGACGGGAACCGCUGCUCAAACUUCCCUCGGCCUUCAUCCUGCCAUCGCCUCGACACUACUCCUUGCGACAACCAGCAAACAUGGCUCCGGUCGCCCCCGCUGACACUCCCGCACCCGAUCCGGCCACGGCCAAGAAGAAUGAACAAAAGGAAAAGGCCAAGGCGGAUAAGGCGGCCAAGUUCGCGGCAAAGCAGGCCAAGCUGAAGCAGCAACAGCAACAGCAGCCCCAGCAGAAAGCCGUCGCCCCGGCGGCUCCCAAGGCACAGGCGCCCUCCCUCCCUCCUUACCACGACGAGACUCCUGCCGGCGAGAAGAAGCUUAUCCGCCCCUUCAACGAUCCGCAUUUUCAGGCAUACAAUCCGAAAGCUGUCGAGUCUGCUUGGUACCAGUGGUGGGAGAAGAGCGGCUUCUUCCAACCCAAGCUCCGCGAAUCGCCCGAUGCCAAGAAGUUUGUCAUACCUCUACCGCCUCCCAACGUCACCGGCGCCCUUCACUGCGGUCAUGCCUUGGCCAACUCGCUCCAGGACACCCUGAUUCGGUGGUACCGUAUGAGGGGUUACUCUGCGCUCUGGGUCCCCGGUUGUGAUCAUGCCGGCAUCUCUACGCAGUCCGUCGUCGAGAAGAUGCUCUGGAAGAAACAGAAGCAGACGCGCCUUGAGCUUGGCCGGGAGGAGUUCACAAAGCUUGUCUGGGAAUGGAAGGGCGAGUACCAUCAGCGCAUCAACAACGCCCAGAGGCUCAUGGGUGGGUCGAUGGACUGGUCCCGCGAGGCUUUCACCAUGGACGAGAAUCUCAGCGCCGCCACCAUGGAGACGUUCUGCCGCCUUCACGACGAAGGCUACAUCUACAGGUCAAGUCGUCUGGUCAAUUGGUGCACCCACUUGCGGACCGCCCUCAGCUCGUUGGAGGUGGAGAACAAGGAGAUCACCGGCCGUACCAUGCUCGAUGUGCCGGGCUAUGACCGGAAGGUCGAGUUUGGUGUCCUCACUCACUUCAAAUACCCGAUUGACGGUACGGACCUGACCAUCGAGGUUGCAACGACCCGUCCCGAGACCAUGCUCGGCGACAGCGGUAUUGCCGUUAGCCCUGGCGACACUCGUUACGCCCAUCUUGUCGGCAAGUUCGCGCGCCAUCCGUUCACAGACCGCCUUCUUCCGAUUGUCGAAGACAGCUACGUCGAUCCCGAGUUCGGUACUGGAGCUGUCAAGCUCACGCCGGCUCACGACUUCAACGACUACAAGUUGGGUGAACGCCACAACCUCGAAUUCAUCAACAUUCUCAACGAGGACGGUACUCUCAAUGAGAAUGCCGGCCCCAUGUUCCAGGGACAGAAGAGGUUCCACGCCCGGUACACGGUCGUCGAGGAGCUGACAAAGCGCGGGCUCUUCGUAAAAAAAGAGCCGAACGCAAUGGUCAUCCCCUUGUGCGAAAAGACCAAGGAUGUCAUUGAGCCAUACAUGACGCCGCAAUGGUGGGUCCGCAUGAAGGAGAUGGCAGAUGCUGCCCUCAAGGUCGUCGAGGAGGGCAAAAUCAAGAUUAGCCCUGAGAGCGCAAGGAAAUCUUACGACAGGUGGCUGUCAAAUGUGAACGACUGGUGCAUCUCUCGGCAACUUUGGUGGGGUCACCGUAUUCCAGCUUACCGCGUCAUUUUCGAGGGAGAGGAAGAUAUCCGUGAGACCGACAACUCUCCGUGGGUUGUGGGCAGGACGGCGGAAGAAGCUCAGGCCAAGGCUGAGGCCAAGUACGCUGGGAAGAAGUUCCGCCUGGAACAGGAUCCAGACUGCCUCGACACUUGGUUCAGCUCCGGUUUGUGGCCAAUGUCUAUUCUCGGAUGGCCCAACACCGAGAGCCGAGACUUCAAGAACUUCUUUCCCACCAGCAUGCUGGAAACGGGCUGGGAUAUUCUGUUCUUUUGGGUCAGCCGCAUGAUCAUGCUCAGUCUGAAGCUGACGGGCCAGGUGCCCUUCACCGAGGUCUACUGCCACAGUUUGAUCCGUGACUCUGAGGGUAGGAAGAUGAGCAAGUCGUUGGGCAAUGUCAUCGACCCGCUCGACAUCAUCAACGGUAUUGAGCUUGAGGCGCUGCACGCCAAGCUUCUCACGGGCAAUCUCAAGGAGGAGGAGGUCGAACGAGCAACCAAGUACCAGAAGACUGCGUUCCCUGGCGGCAUCCCAGAAUGCGGAGCAGACGCCCUUCGGUUCACUCUGCUCUCGUACACCACCGGUGGCGGUGACAUCAACUUUGAUAUCAAGGUGAUGCAUGCCUAUCGCCGCUUUUGCAACAAGGUCUGGCAGGCCAGCAAGUACGUCCUGGGCAAAUUGCCCGAGGAUUUCGUUCCGGCCUCCAACCUCGACACUUCGGCCCUCUCCGUACCGGAGCGGUGGAUACUUUAUCGAAUGAACUGUGCCGUCAAGGGUAUCAACGAGGCUCUCGAGACGCGUCAGUUCUCCACAAGCACAAAGCUUGCGUACCAGUUCUUUUAUGACGAGCUGUGCGACGUGUUCAUCGAGAACAGCAAGGGCAUCCUUAGCGAUGGCACUCCGGCGCAGCAGCAGAGCGUCCAGCAGACGUUGUAUUGGACGCUGGACGUUGCCCUGCGUUUGCUGCAUCCAUUCAUGCCGUUCAUUACCGAGGAGCUGUGGCAGCGUCUUCCCCGCAACAAAGACGAUGCGCCGGCCUCCGUCAUGUUGGCGCCGUAUCCCGAGCCCGACAACUCAUUGGAAUUUGCGUCCGACGCGGAGGACUAUGAACUCGGCCUCCGGUGCGCCGGUGGCGUCCGGUCCUUGGCUGCUGACUACAACAUUCGGGCAGACGGCCGUGCUUUCAUCAAGGCGUCCACGGCCGCCAGUUUGGACAAGGUCAGCGCACAGCUCCAGAACAUCAAGACUCUGUCCGGGAAAGGCAUAGCUGAAGUCAGCGUCCUUGGGCCCGAUGCCGACGAGGCGUCGUCGCCCAAAGGCUGUGCCGUCCAUGUCAUCUCCGCCGACGUGGCGGUUCUGCUGCAAGUCAGCACGCAGAUCAAGGACAUUGAUGCCGAGAUCAAGAAGAUCAACACUAAACUCCAGAAGACCACACUCGCCAUUACCAAGCAACAAGAGCUCAUGGCGCGUGAGGGGUUCGAGAAGGUCAGCGAUGUGGUUCUCUCCGCGGAGAAGAAGAAGCUGGCCGAUGCUCAGGCGGCCAAGGAGAAUUACGAGAGGACGCUGGCGGAGUUCAGCAAGUUGAAUCUCGCUGACGGUGCAUAAAAUCGGGAGUUGAGCAGCUUCUAAUGAAUAGGGAUGAUAAGAUUUGGUAGCACUCGAUACUGUAUAGAAGCUUUGUUUGCCCAAGUAGCUCGGAAUUGUUUGCAUCCAGUGUUCGGUAAAUGCUUGGUGGUGCUGAUAUGGU